AUGUCUUAAGUCCACGGGAGUUCAAUAUUGAAUAAAGAAAACCCUAAUAAGGCUCCUGAUCAUUUGGGAUCAAAUGUCUUUACAGACUUGCUAUCGUCUACAUUUUAUACAGUUAUUGGCUAUGUUUGUUUAGAUGUUGUAUUUGGAAUCAGUUUACAUUUCAUUGCCCAACAUAAUGACCCAAAUGCAGUUGCAGGUUUAGGAUUAGCCUUUACAACAGUGAAUGUGCUGCUGAUCCCAAUGGCUUUAGGUAAUUAUAAAAUUUGAGAACAAGGAACGAAUUAAUCUUUGAAUGUGCAUUCAGCGUAGGCUUUGGGAGCUAAGAAGCCAAAGUUAGCCCAGAGUUACUUCACAUUGACAGUCUUCAUCCAUUUGAUGUACUUUAUUCCCUUUUCAAGUACUCGAAUUUAGUUAAUCAAAUAGUCAUCCUGAUUCUGAUUAAACCCCUGAUAGCUAAGACCAUUAAUGAAGAUGAUAGAGAUGCUACAUCAGAUGCAUCCCAGAUAUAUCUAUACUAUUUAUUACCAUCAACGUUGUUUGCCAUAUUGUAUGAAUGCAUGAAAAGCUAUAUGAUAGCGCAUAAGGUAACACAUUUAAACUAAGAUCUAGAUUUUUGCAGUCUUCAUGUUCAUACAACUAGGUACAGCAGCACUCCACACUUUGUGGUGUUAUUUGUUUAUCGAUUAUUUGGACAUUGGAGGAGGCAUAGCAGGAGCAGGACUGGCCAUCAUUUGUACUGAGGUUCUGAAUUGUGUAUUCUGUCUCAUAGCUAUAUGUGGAACUAAAUAUAAGAAGGAAGUAUUUAGUGAUUAUAAGUUUAAAUUCACAAUGAGAAAAAAGGAGAAGAAAUUGUUUUCAAGUUUUCUGAGAGGUUCUAUACCAAUUAUUGGACAUAUAUAUGCAGAUUACUUCGUCUUCUUCUUAUUGAACUUUAUAGCUGUAGGAUUUGGCUCUGAUCAAUUGAAUGCCUAAUUGGCGUUAUCAAACACUUCGAAUUUUUAUUAUAAAUUUCCCAUUUCUCUAUCUUUAGCCUUGAUGACCUUCGUCGGCAAUGAGAUGGGUGCCAAGAAUAUCAAGAGAGCCAAAAGAUAUUCAUGGGUGGGUGUCCUAUUAUUUAUUGGAUUCACAAUAAUAUUUUUGAGUGCUUUAACCUUUUUCAAGUAAACCUGGGCUGAGUUCUAUUCGGCUGGCAGACAGGAAAUCACAGAUCUGAUAUUGGAAGUAUAUCCCAUCUUUGUAUUUGGGUUUUUUGUUAUCGAUGGUUUACAAGGGACAUUAACCGGUAUUUUGAAAGGAAUCGAGAGAAAAGAUUUCGUAACCUAUUCUACAUUACUUGUCUAUUACUUGAUUGGAAUACCCUUAGUUGUGUACUUUGCUUAUGACUUUGGAUUGGGCAAGAAAGUCUAUGGAAUUUGGCUUGCUUUUGGUAUAGUGAAUGCAGUUCUAGCUAUCUUGUAUCUAAUCCUGACCUUUACAACAAAUUGGUCGGACAUGAGCAGAAAAAUCUGUUCGAGGAUUGAGGAUCAACACAAGAUGUAAAAUCUAAACGAUUCUCUAAACAAGGACUUUGAGGAGGACCCAGAAAAUUUGAAGAAGAAAAGAAAAGUUAAGUCUUCUAAAGUGCAGGUAUCAAGAUAUAAUAAUUUAAGUAAUCCAAACCGAAGAAAGAUGAAAAUGAGGUUAAUUCUGCAGAAAAGAAACCAAAGAAGGAAAGGAAACACAGAAGACCUGCUGAUGAUGAGCAAUAAUUCAGUUUGUAAGCACCCGACCCAACCAAAAUCACAAAGUAAGAGGUUGAUACAGCGCCAAUUAUGUCUUGACCUUUUUAUAAUUCCAA